AUAACCCUCUAUCUCUAAACAUUCCUGUCGUCUGAUAACCUCAAUUGACGUUGUUGGUCGUGCUCUAUCUUGAGGCUCUCGCUGGUCCAUUCACUACAACUGCACUGCGACAGUGGCGCCCUCGGUAUCUUAUCAUCCUUGCAGCGGGCAGUCCAUCCAUCCAUAGCAGCUGCCACCUGCCACCCUAGGGGGGUAACAGAAAAGUUGACCUGAUUUUAUCAAAGUCGCCAUAUCUCCGUCGGCUACUUCUUUCGACUUGUUCCAAUUCAGUUUCUCUUUUUUUCUCACUGCUCGUCUAUUGUUUUAUACUGUACUCUCACCAUUAGUCUGCCGUCUCGGCAAGGCUCGUACAAGAUGAAUUCGGCUACAACAACAAGUACAGAGACCUCGAAUGGCUCUACCUCUGUCUCUAAACGCAACGGCCACGACGUCACCCGCACCAACGGAAACGGAACAACCACGACAAGUCCUCCAAAGAAGGCCGGCCAGAAGUACAGACACGUCGCUGCGGUUCACAAGAAGACGAGACCCUCAUGUUUGAGCCACGAUUCAGAUGCCGCUCCCAGCUUUAUCGGGUUUCGCAACCUCAUGGUUAUUGUCCUCGUGGUUGGAAACUUGCGAUUGAUGAUUGAAAACAUUCAAAAGUACGGUGUCUUGAUCUGCGUGAGGUGUCAUGACUACAGUCGCCAGGAUAUUUUCUUGGGUCUACUCCUCUACUUCCUCAUCCCAUGUCAUCUUCUCGCCGCCUACUUGAUCGAACUGGCUGCUGCCCAGCAGGCGCGAGGAUCCCUCAAACGUUACAACGAUAGUGCUUCCGGAGGUCCCUCGGAUCAAGAGCGCAAGAAGUUUCACAAGACUUGGGUCAUUGUCGCAUGGGCCCAUCUCUUCAACAUUACGCUUGCUCUUGUCCUAACAACAUGGGUUGUAUACUUCAAGAUCCACCAUCCCCUUAUCGGCACAUUGACUGAGAUGCACGCCAUUGCUGUUUGGCUCAAGACCGCAUCAUACGCUUUCACCAACCGCGACUUGAGGCAUGCUUACCUGCAUCCUGUAGAAGGAGAGCGCGAGCUUGUGCCCGAGCUGUACACGCAAUGCCCGUACCCUCAAAACAUCACUUUCAGCAACCUGGCCUAUUUCUGGUGGGCACCUACGCUCGUCUACCAGCCCGUGUAUCCUCGUACGGACAAAAUCAGAUGGGGCUUUGUGGCCAAGCGUGUUGGAGAGAUCUUUGGUCUCAGUGUAUUCAUCUGGGUUGCGAGCGCCCAGUACGCCGCACCUGUUCUUCGAAACUCCCUCGACAAGAUUGCUUCUCUCGACCUCAUGUCCAUUCUCGAGCGGUUGCUUAAGCUUUCGACUAUCUCUUUGGCUAUCUGGCUCGCUGGGUUCUUUGCGCUGUUCCAGUCUUUCCUCAACGCCCUGGCCGAGGUCUUGAGAUUCGGUGACCGAUCAUUCUACGACGACUGGUGGAACAGUGAGAGCUUGGGAGCCUACUGGCGCACGUGGAACAAGCCUGUUUACACAUACUUCAAGCGCCAUCUGUAUAUGCCCAUGAUCGGCCGUGGUUGGAGUCCUCAGGCGGCCAGCUUUUUCGUCUUUCUGGUGUCGGCCAUCCUCCACGAGAUUCUAGUCGGUGUUCCUACGCACAACAUCAUUGGUGUUGCUUUCUUGGGCAUGUUUCUCCAGCUCCCUUUGAUUCAUCUUACCAAACCACUCGAAAACAUGAAGCUGGGCCACACUGGUAAAAUCGUUGGAAACACCAUCUUCUGGGUGUCGUUUACUAUAUUCGGACAGCCUUUUGCAGCUUUGAUGUACUUUUACGCUUGGCAAGCAAAGUAUGGGAGUGUGAGUAAGCAGAUGACAGUAGUGUCAACUUGAAAUAUAUAGCGGAUAGCGGUUUUAGUAUAUCUUAGUAUUGUCUAGCUAGCACAUAUAGUUUAUUGGCUAAAUGUUUGUUCGAUGGAGCAGUAUUGACAAAAUCAUGACCAGUAUGCCUAG